UCAAGUCUGAUCACUGAAAAGGUAACAUGCAAAGCCAAAACUUCAUCACCGUGCUUUCUCUCCUCUUCGUUGCUGAAGGAUCUGCCAGCAACAGCUUUGAGAAUGAAACUGCUGCUUCAGGAGAUGGAUCACCAAUGUUAUCCACCAUUACAGUAACACCUCCUCCUGCUAUGCCUACUACAUAUUCUACAACUGUGGGUGACCAUGAAUAUGUUGCUACAAGAGCUACUGAAUACAGUUUUGAAACAAAAAGUACAAGUACUGAAUUGAAUACUGUGAGCAAUAAUGACAGCCUAGAAACAGCAGAACAGUCUAUCUUGAUAUACGUUGUCCCCAUCGUGCUGCUGGUCCUGCUGAUUUUGCUGAUCAUGUUUUUUGUAAUACAUCAUAAAAGGAAAAAGUCUAAACAAGAUGAGCUGGGAAGCGAAAAUGUAAAAAGUCCUAUUUUUGAAGAAGACACACCCUCUGUUAUGGAGAUAGAAAUGGAAGAGCUUGAUAAAUGGAUGAACAGCAUGAACAAAAAUGCUGAAUGUGAAUGUUUGCCUACUGUAAGAGAAGAAGAAAAAGAAUCAAUUGCCAACCCAAGGACUUCCACUGGUGAAGUAAAAGACUAGGACUGACAGAACAGCUCUGAGGACAAACCAAACAGCUGAACAGCCUCUCUCAAAGGAGACUCCAGGAAGCGACUGCAGCCCUGCGAGGGCACGAUCUUUGUAGCAUGCUUUUUGACUUUCAAAUUAAAGGCACUGUAGAAAACACAAAUAUAUUUCGAGAUUUCCUUUCAGCUAAUUAUCUACACAGGUCAGUACUCUGUGUAAACUCUCACCAUUUUAUCCUUCUCUCUAGUCAGUGCUGUUCUCUAAUAAUAAUCUACUUAAGGAAUAUUCAACUCAAAAAUGUUUCUUUUACAAAAAACAGGUUGGAAAAUUGAACAAUUCAGUACUCACGCCAAACACAAGUUUAGAUAAAUAAAUAUGUGUUAUUUAGAACUGCAUG